AUGGGGUUAUCUACCGCCGCCAACCAUCACCGGCGGCGGAGCUCGGUGCUCACAGGGGCAGCCCGACCGGGUCUCCCGGGCUCCUCGGAACCGAGGGAUGAUAGUCUCCGACCAGGAGAGGAAAGAUCCAAAUGGGAUGAAAAUGAGCCUUUGACGGCUGAAGAUACCGAUGCAUCUGAUCUAUCUGCGGUAGUCGAUACUCGCGAAUUGGAUAUGAGUUCAGAUGAGGAUCAAUAUGAUGAAGAAACAGGCCUUACAGCACAUCAGAGACGUCAGCGACGUCGACGGCGCAGGCAACGUCGGAAGCUUGAUGCUCGUAUUGCUGACACCAAAACUACUCACAGCAUCUUCCAGCUUGGUCUGGCAGAUCGCAAUGUUGUCAAUAAGCUUAUGGUGAAUGCCGGUCUGAUUCUGAUGUGGUACUUCUUCUCGUUGUCCAUUUCCAUUUACAAUAAGUGGAUGUUUUCUGAGAACGAUGUCGUCUUCCCUUUCCCUCUUUUCACCACCAGCCUACACAUGGCCGUUCAAUUCACAUUCUCCGCUCUUUUACUAUUUUUCUUCCCAUCUUUGCGCCCACAGCGCCCCCCGCCAUCUGUCACGGACUCGUCGGUCGAUGGCGACAAAUCUGAGCCGGUGCUCACUAAAUUAUUCUACUUUACACGACUCGUUCCUGCGGUGCUGCAACAUCGCUCGACGUUGGUCUGGGCAAUAUGUCGUUGA